GCUAAUUUUUUAAUGGGGCGAAUUGUCAUUCGCAGUGUGCGUGUGUUUGUUUUUGCAACUUUUCCUGUAAACAUUUUUCCACAGACAAUUUGUGGCAUUUCUUGAGUAAAUAUUGCGUGAAAACCCAUCCCAAUCGUGCCAAUAUUGUGUUCUUGUGCCGUGAAAAUUCAGUGCCAUUGGGAAAAUGUCUCAUUACAAAUUAGUCGUUGUCGGCGGGGGCGGAGUUGGAAAAUCCGCUCUAACAAUCCAAUUUAUUCAGAGCUACUUCGUCACUGACUACGAUCCCACCAUUGAGGACUCCUACACGAAGCAGUGUGUGAUUGAUGAUGUUCCGGCAAAGCUGGACAUUCUCGACACAGCUGGUCAGGAGGAAUUUAGUGCCAUGAGGGAGCAGUAUAUGAGGUCAGGGGAGGGAUUCCUUUUAGUCUUUUCCCUCACGGAUCACUCGAGUUUCAUGGAAAUCGCCAAAUUCCAGAAGCAAAUACUCCGUGUCAAGGAUCGCGAUGAAUUUCCGAUGAUCCUUGUGGGCAACAAGUCAGAUCUCGAGGCUCAGCGACGGGUCUCCCUGGAGGAGGCUCAGCAACUGUGUCGUCAGCUGGGAAUUCCGUACAUCGAGUGCAGUGCCAAGCACCGAAUCAACGUGGAUCAGGCCUUUCACGAGCUCGUGAGGAUCGUGAGGAAAUUCCAGGAGGCUGAAAGGCCAUUCUUCGAGGAGAAGUACAAAAGGAGAAACAAACGAAAGUGUUGCAUUCUCUAAUUUUUGAUGAAAUAACUGACGCACAAGCGAACUUUUUUUUUCUCUCAAAUUUUUAGCAGAAAGAAAAAAAGUCUUAACUUAUUAAGAAUGAGAAAAAAAAUACAAACAGGUGCUUAAUUAAUAUUCUAAAUAUACAACGGAUGCUACAAAGUGCAUCCCUCACUUCGAAUUACUGCAAUAUUACACGCGUACGUGGAAUCAUUUUUACUCUCCUUUUUCAAUUCAAAAUUCAAAGUGUUCUUUUUGUAAUGUUUUCUUCUAUUAUUAUUAUUAUUUUAAGAGAAAAGAGAAGAACAAAAGGAUAUUGAGACAUUAAUUGUGCGCCGUGAGCAAAUAGAAAUUGUGGCAUAAUUUGCUAUAUUCUUCCUUCUUAAGCAUAGAAAAAUUUUCAAAGUGAUUUCGUAAGGAGAAAAAAAUAAUUUUAAUUGCAAUUGCACAAUAUUUCUUCCUCAUAGUUUUUUUUUCGAAUAAAUGUUAUACUUUUAAGUAACACUGCGACAUAACUUUUUCUAUUUACAAACGAUAAUUUCUUAAGCUUUAAUGCUGCAAUGUCAAAAGGAAACAAAUUGUAGUCGACAAGAACGUGAAGAUCUUUUAACAAUAAAUAAUAUUUUGAUGUUAAUAAA